GAUUUAACCAGUUUACUCUAUCCUGUCCAAGAAAAUCUCGCCUGUUAUUGCUUGUGCAAGCAUACCCAACCAAUCUCAACCUCACAUAAAUUACUCACAACAUGGAUUUGCUUAAUGGAUACUCGUCCUCGGAGGAGGAAACCGAACCACCGAUUGAACUACCAGCGCUACCAGCCCCAUUACCAACUCUUCCAGCACUUCCAAAACUCCCAGCCGUCACAGCUGUUGAUGCUAGCCUGGAUCGGUCUACCCCUGUGCUGCGGGUCUUGGGUGGUGCAGUAAAAAAUACUGUGAAUGACGCUGCAUUCACCUUGAAAAACGACGUCGUCAUUUCUGUCUCCACCAAAAAGACUACGUUUUUCGUACCCAGCUCGCUCAGAUCAAAAACUGUUAAGACAGCCAGCCCUAGCCUGACCCCUUUGAACCAAGGAAAACGUCUAGCUGACACUUUUUCCACGAGUAAGCCCGCUGUAAAGAGGCGGCUAGUAAGUGAUUUUGCGCCGGUUGUUAUCUCCAACCCUGUGUACACUGUUUCUGAUGUCGAGCCAGAGCUCGAUAAAGUGCACACACAUGGGAGAGAGGUAAUUCCUACGGAUAUCCAGGAGUUCAACGUGAAUGAGUUUUACCAGGAGAACCAGCGCUUGAAAGAGGCAGGCGAGUUGAAGGAGGCUGAUACACCGUUGAAGCAGUCCCAUGGGAAGAACCAGUUGUCAAACUUGGUGAGGAUCGGUAACGCCAACAGGGAGAAAUUGGAGAAGGAUUUUGAGGCACAGCGCCAAAAGAUGCAGAAUAGCAAGGACAGGUACGGGUUUUAGGGGUUGUCAGGACUGGCGGACAAUACUCGAGGUGCCAGUUUAUGGAGUGAAUCAGGAGAGAGAGUGCAGUUCAGAACUCUGUUUCACACGUAAUGUUGGUCAAAUGUAGAGUGUGAGUGGGAAAAGGGUAGGGGAGUUUUGCAUGGAUAUGACCCAAGUACACUUACUUAGGUAAACUAAAACAAACCCAUGAGCAACAGGUUAUACACCCUAAUUCCGUCAUCGAUUAGAUCAA